AUGCAACACGGUACAUUCGGACCAAAUUAUAUGCCGCCUUUUGACCAAAUGGGAGGCAGCGCAUCAGUCGACACUGAGAACUUAUCUCUUGAACACAGAACGCAAGUUACUGGGCGUGAACUUCAAGAACUUUUAAGUGUAUCCCACCAAAGCAUUGAUGAAGCACAAGAGAGGAAACAAGCCCUAAACAACCACCGACUAAAACCUGCUCUCUAUAAUGUAUUUUGUGAAAUCAAAGAGAAAACAGCUCUGAGUCUACGUAGUACAGCCGCUGCCAGUACAGAAGAGGAAUUGAACGCCCCUGAUCCCCAACUCCUUCGGUUGGAUAAGAUGUUAAUUGCCGAGGGCGUCACUGGAACUAACGAUAUUGGUGACUUUGAUGGGGCUAGUGGAAUGGCCGGUGAUAGUGGCCAGAUCGAACAUGCAGAUUAUCGUGUCAAGCUUACACAGAUUCGUCAGCUCUAUCACACUGAAUUGGAGAAGUAUAAGAACGCCUGUGACGAAUUUACCGGUCAUGUGGUAAAUCUUCUCCGAGAGCAGAGCCGAAGCCGUCCAAUUUCUUCAACGGAAAUUGAACUCAUGGUUGGAAUCAUUCGACGCAAGUUCAGAGCAAUUGAGACACAGCUGAAGCAAAGUAUUUGUGAGGCUGUUAUGAUUCUGCGUUCCCGCUUCCUCGAUGCUAGGCGAGUUACUUACUCUUUUUCCUUUAUGGUCAAUGGUGAUUGA